AGAAGAGGGAGAGAGAGAGAAGGCAAAUGUUCCCCCAGCUGUUUCCUGUCUACAGUGUCUGUGUUUUGUAGAUAAAUGUGAGGAUUUUCUCUAAAUCCCUCUUCUGUUUGCUAAAUCUCACUGUCACUGCUAAAUUCAGAGCAGAUAGAGCCUGCGCAAUGGAAUAAAGUCCUCAAAAUUGAAAUGUGACAUUGCUCUCAACAUCUCUCAUCUCUCUGGAUUUCUUUUUGCCUCAUUAUUCCUGCUAACCAAUUCAUUUCCAGACUUUGCACUUCAGAAGCAAUGGGAAAAAUCAGCAGUCUUCCAACCCAAUUAUUUAAGUGCUGCUUUUGUGAUUUCUUGAAGGUAAAGAUGCACAUCAUGUCCUCCUCGCAUCUCUUCUACCUGGCUCUGUGCUUGCUCACCUUCACCAGCUCUGCCACAGCUGGGCCGGAGACACUGUGCGGGGCUGAGCUGGUGGAUGCUCUUCAGUUCGUGUGUGGAGACCGGGGCUUUUAUUUCAACAAGCCCACGGGUUACGGCUCCAGCAGUCGGAGGGCGCCUCAGACAGGCAUCGUGGACGAGUGCUGCUUCCGGAGCUGUGACCUGAGGAGGCUGGAGAUGUACUGCGCACCCCUCAAGCCUGCCAAGGCAGCCCGCUCUGUCCGUGCCCAGCGCCACACCGACAUGCCCAAGGCUCAGAAGGAAGUACAUUUGAAGAACACAAGUAGAGGGGGUGCAGGAAAUAAGAACUAUAGAAUGUAGGAAGAAGACCUUCCUGAAGAGUGAAGAAUGACGUGCCCCUGGCCGGAUCCUUUGCUCUGCACGAGUUACCUGUUAAACACCAGAAGACCUACCAAAAAUUAAGUUUGAUAACAUUUCAAAAGAUGGGCAUUCUUCCCAAUGAAAUACGCAAGUAAAAAUUUCAACAUUGUCUUUAGGAGUGAUUGUUAAAAGCUUUGCACCUUGCAAAAAUGGUCCUGGAGUUGGUAGAUUGCUAUUGAUCCUUUAUCAAUAAUGUUCUAUAGAGAAAAAAAAUAUAUAUAUCUAUAUAUAUAUCUUAGUCCCUGCCUCUCAGAGCCGCAAAUGCAUGGAUAUUGUCUAGAUCCAGUUGCACUAAAUUUGUCUCUGAAUCUUGGCUGCUGGAGCCAUUCACUCAGCAGCCGUGUCUAAGUGGUUUAUUAAUUUUUUUUUAUUUGCACUUCUUUCUACGCAACACAGGCUGUUUGUUUUACAGUGUCUGAUAAUCUUGUUUGUCUGUCUCCACCCUCCCUCCCCCAGUCAUCUUUACAUUUGCUGAAUUUGGCCUCCUCAGUAGCAGCAGCAAGCAGUCAAGUAGCACACCCAUUUUGAAUCCACAAGAUUCCAUCUGUGGCGUUAGUACCAAAUAUAAGUUGAAUGCAUGUAUUGUAGACACAAAGCUUUAUUUUUCCACAUCUUGCUAAAAAAAAAAAAGCAAAUAGUUGCAACUUUGAGGCCAAACAUUGUUUAGGUGUAUGUUUUAAGCAUAGAAAGUCUCAAACUCUCAGCAGUUCCUUCAAAUGAUGAGUUAGUGUGCAACCUGAUUAGUAACUUCUCCCUUUUAAUUUUUUUCCAUAUAGAGCACUAUGUAAAUUUAGCAUAUCAACAAUGCAGGAUAUAUCACACAGUAUGUAAAACUCUCUGUUUUUUAGAACAAUGGUGCUAUUUUGUAGUUUGUUAUAGGAAAGAGUCUGGCCAAAACGAUAAAAGGUGAAAGCAAAACAAAAGAGGAAGCCUGGAGCCAAAGAUGACACAGAGGGGAAGGGGACUAAAAAUCCAUCCAUUUGGGAAAGAAGGCCAAAUUCCCCCGAGCAUGCCUUCCAAGAGAAACUGAAAGGCACAAAGUCCACCAAUGCAAAUUUGACGAGUCCAGAGAGGAGUGGAACAAGCAGAAGGCUAGGAAUUUCACAGCCCUGGUUUCUUUUUCUCACGGAAGAAACAAACAUCUGCCGUGACUCAGGCACGGACUCACCACUUUGUGACCUUGGGCAAGUCACUUCACCUCUCUGUGCCUCAGUUUCCUCAUCUGCAAAAUGGGGGCAAUAUGCCAUCUACCUACCUCACAGGGGUGGUAUUAGGAUUCAAAAGAUACAGCUUCAGGCUUUUAUCCUUGGUUGCUAUGAGGGUGCAAGGUCAGAGCCCUUGAGUUGCUGGGAUACAAGCAAUUCUAUAAACAACCCAUUCAUAGCAGAGCUAGAAAAUGGAUUGGCCAAACAUCCCUGACAUGCCAAUUCUUGUAAAUGAAGCUAUCCAACUAGGUAUCCAGCUAACUAGUUAAAAGCUCACAUCUUGAUCUCUUUUAAAACACUUUUCUAAAUAAGUUAGAAACAUUUGAUUUACAUUUUGAGUUCUGCACUUGGUUCUAUGAAUACAAAGUGAAAGAGAGAAAGGAAAAGAAAAAGAGAAAAAAGCAAAAAGAUUUCUGUAACACAAGGGUGAUUACUCAAUUUGUCAGAACUUGUUAGCACUUAUGAUGUCACCCCCUUCCACACACACAGGCAGUUACUAGUAAUCUACUAAUACUUCUUUUAAUAUUAUAAAUGAUACUCUAUUCAUUUUGAAAAACACAGUUAUUCCUUCUCUUUAUGCAAUCUAAAAAAAUGUGGCCCAAACUUUCCAAAAUUGAAAUAAUAUCUAAUAAAAAGUUGCAAAGUUACUUUAAUAAAUUUUGCUCUUAUCCUUGGCUGUAUAUACAUACACAUAUAUAUUUUUAAUUUUUUUUGUUAAAAUAUGCUUGAUGAGAGUUGCUAGUUGAGAGGCAAAAAUUUCCUUCACAGCUAGAAAUUUUCCCUCUUGUCUGCUUAGAAAACUGUCCCUUAGCCCUCUAUGGAUGUGUCUUAUCCAUUCAACUUAAAAUUGGUAUCAAGAAAACCCAAUGGCGAGGACAGGCCCAUGCUGGCCUGGGAAAUGCCUCUUGUCUAUACACCAAGAUUUUCUUAUUAAGACAAUGAACCAUCCACCAUUCAGAGCUUUUUAUCUGCCUUAGAACUUUUUGGUGAAAAGCAACCAGGCUUGAUUAUUUCAUGCAUAUUAUAUCCCUUUUAUUCAUGGAAAGUAUAUAUGGAAAACAAAAAUAACAUCCUUAGUUUUCAUCCCAUUGGUUCACUGCAAGGUUCUGGGGCCGG